AUGGAUGUAAAAGAUAAUCCUUUUAUAAGGAACAGAUCGAGUACUAGAAUUACGAACGCACCAGGUGGAAAUUCCUCUGUAUCAUUUGGAAAUUAUAUAGAUACAGAAAAUAAAAAAAUUAGUGAUAAAAAUGAAAAAAACAAUUUAAAUCAUAACAAAAAUGUUAGGGCAGCUGGAAAUUUAGAAGCAAGCAAAAUGCCUUCUGAAACAGAUAAAAAAACAAAUGUAAAAGUCAAUCAGCCACCAGGAGGAGCAUCAAGCAUUAUAUUUGGAUGA